ACUGUUGAUCUUCGACAACCGAGACCUUGGUUGAGUGGUUCGGUAGAUCCCCGGGGAAAUAGUAACCCGACCUUAUCUUAUCGCAUCCAGAAAGUGACCGCAUUGACUGGUGCCCACCUCAGUUGGUCCGCUCCUCCAGGCACCUUUCCGCCGCAAGAUCGCAAGACUCCGGACGGAGACUAUUUCACCAUACUGUUGGUUGACUGUUUGGCCUCCGCGCAAACACCAUCUCUUCAGGAAUCUACACCCUCUCCCCAGGUUGUGUGUGUUUCUUCCUUCUACACCUCGUCCCUCACACUGGGCGCCCCACCAAGGAACCCCUCCCAACAUACCCCCCGCCAAAGAUCCAACAAGAUGCUGAAGAUUUGGUCUAUGAAGAAGGAGCAGCAGAAGGCUGAAAAUGCCGACGCUGCUGGUGGCAAGAAGAAGAAGGUGACUGCCGCGCAACUUCGUGUGCAGAAAGAUCUCUCGGAACUUUCUCUAGGGUCAACGAUGAAAACCGACUUCCCUGAUGCCGACGAUAUUCUCCACUUCACGCUUACGAUCGAGCCCGAUGAGGGCAUGUACCGGACCGGACGAUUCACUUUUACAUUCGACAUUAAUCAAAACUUCCCCCACGAGCCGCCGAAGGUUCGAUGCAAGGAGAAGAUCUACCAUCCUAAUAUCGAUCUGGAGGGCAAGGUGUGCUUGAACAUUCUGCGCGAAGACUGGAAGCCCGUCCUCAACUUGAACGCGGUCAUCGUCGGACUCCAGUUUCUGUUCCUCGAGCCGAACGCCUCUGAUCCUCUGAACAAGGAGGCUGCCGAAGAUCUUAGGCUCAAUCGUGAAGGAUUCAAGCGCAACGUCCGUACCGCGAUGGGCGGUGGCUCUGUCAAGGGGCAGAGCUACGACCGUGUGUUGAAAUAA